AUGGAGUCUUCUGUAAGAACGGAUGACAGCACAAAAGGCCUAACUAAAGACUCCAACGAGAGCAAGUUUCCCGUCGGUCGAAUUGGCCGGUACUUGAAGAAAGGGCGUUACUCUCAACGUGUGGGGACCGGUUCUCCGGUUUACCUUGCUGCUGUUCUUGAAUACCAUGCUGCUGACGAUCAUUCCAAGCAUGUUCUAUUGGCAGUUAGGAACGAUGAAGAGCUUAGGAAGCUAUUAGCUGGUGUGACCAUUGCUCAUGGUGGUGUUUUAGCCAACAUUAACCCAAUUCUUUUACCAAAGAAAAACGAGAAGCCGGUUGCAAAAGAGCCCAAAGUCACCAUCCAAGGCUACCAAGAAGUCACCUAA